UCCGCCGGGAUCUGCUGCCCCUCAGCGCCUCCCUGGGCCCUGGGAUCCACUGCCCUGUGUCAUCCCUGAGUCCUCCAGGAUCCACUGCCCCGUGUCACCUCCCUGGGCCCUGGGCUCCACUGCCCCGUGUCACCUCCCUGGGACUUGGGAUCCACUGCCCCAUGUCACCUCCCUGAGUCCCACGAUGUCCAUGGGAUCCACUGUCCCAUGUCACCCCCCUGAGUCCCCCAGUGCCCCCAGGAUCCACAGCCACUUGUCACCCCCCUGGGACCUGGGAUCUGCUGCCCCUCAGCACCUCCCUGGGCCCUGGGAUCUACUGCCCCAUGUCAUCUCCCUGGGCCCUGGGAUCCACUGCCCCAUGUCACCCCCUGGGUCUCACGAUGUCCAUGGGAUCCACUGCCCCGUGUCACCCCCAAGUCCCCCAGGGUCCACUGGCCUGUGUCACCCCUGAGUCCCACGAUGUCCAUGGGAUCCACUGUCCCAUCUCACCUCCCUGGGCCCUGGGAUCCACUGCCCCGUGUCACCCCCCUGGGACCUGGGAUCUGCUGUCCCCAGGUGCCAAUCCCAUGGGAUCCCCUUCCCAAUCCCAUUCCUGAUCUCUGGAUCCCAGACCUCUGGGUGUCUCCGGGUGCUGAUCCCAUGGGAUCCCCUUCCCAAUCCCAUUCCUGAUCCCUGGAUCCCAGACCUCUGGGUGUCUCCGGGUGCCGAUCCCAUGGGAUCCCAUUCCCGAUCCCGCAGCCCCGAAUGGACGUGUUUGCUGUGCCAGGAGCUGCCCCCGCCCAGCCCAGAGGCAGAGCAGGGCCCUCCCCACAAGCUGAGCCCCCAGGACCAGCAGGAUCCCAAUCCCGCAGAGGUGCGAGUUCGUCCUGCUGGAGCUGCUGUGCCACGAGCCCUGCCGGCCCCUGCAGCGCCUCUCCAGCUCCUUGGACGGCCGCGACGCCAUCGACCUGACGCUGAUGCGGGCGCGGCUGCAGGAGAAGCUGAGCCCGCACUACCGCAGCCCAGAGGAGUUUGCCCGCGACGGCUGGCAGCUGCUCCGGCAGUUCCACCGCCUCACCGAGGACAAGGCGGAUGUCCAGUCCAUCCUGGGGCUGCAGCGUUUCCUCGAGAGCCGCCUGAGCGCAGUUUUUGGGGACAAGAAAUUCUCACGGCUCCUGGUGGAUCCCGAGGAACCGCUGGAGCUGUCUCCAGGCUCCUGAUCCCCCCUUCCUGGGGGGCUGAAACCCCUGCCAGGACCUCGGUAUCCCCCACCUCCCUCUCACGGUUCCGGUUUCCUCCCGGGCCCUGCCCCAGAACCUCCCAGGACCUGGGGAUGUCCCUGACCCCCGUUACCGGAGGGUCACUUGGAAAAAUAAAGCCGCGCCUCGGCCUCCUGGACCCUCCCUGGUUUCAGUGCUUGGAUUUGAUCUGGGAUUUCCUCUCCUUCGCUUCGGGCUGGAUUUGACCUGGAUCUCCGGGAC